AUGACUACCCUCACACCCCGCACGCCGUAUUCGAAGGAAGAGCUCGACAAGCUCUACCCGAAGGGCCUUGAACUGCGACUUGUCCAGGUUCUCCUUCGCCAUGGUGAACGCGCGCCUGUGUCUGCACGUUUCGGCAAUGCAGGCCUACCCGCCUACUGGCCGUAUUGCAAUGCCGCCCAACGCUUGCGGUCGGUCACCAUGACCACCGACGUGUCUCAAUGGGACAGUCUACAGUGGCGGAGGAGACUCGAAACAUUUGGUAACGAUGACGGCCCACUGGUCGCUGCUGGACCAGCUGGCGAGGUUGACGGCAUUUGCCAAUUUGGUGAGCUCACCGACAAAGGGCGACAGACAACCUACGAACUCGGCCGCCGCUUGAGGCAUCUUUACAUAGAUCAGCUUCAGUUUAUGCCUAAGCUCAUCGCCAACGCAGACCUGAUCUAUCUGCGCGCGACUCCACUCCCUCGGGCUCUCGAGUCUGUCCAGCAGACUUUCUGGGGCAUGUAUCCGCUGACCGCGCGAACUGCAUCUUUCCCUCCGCCUACGAUUGUUACACGUACUCCCGCCGACGAAACGCUCUUUCCAAACGAUGGCAAUUGCAGGCGCUUCGCGCAGCUGUCACGGGCUUUUGCCCAGCGAGCAGCAGACCGCUGGAAUGAGACGGACGAUAUGAAAUAUCUCACCAAGUUGAUGGGCAAAUGGAUGCCAGAAAGCAGUCCCGAAGUCGCAGUGGACUCACAUCCUAGAUUAUCAGGCAUAAUGGACACCAUUAACAGCACCCUCGCCCACGGGCGUGAGACGAGGUUGCCCAAAGAGUUCUACGAUCCGAAAGCCAGGGAUAUCAUCGACAGAAUUGGCGUGGAGGAAUGGUUUGCCGGCUACAACGAGAACAGGGAGUACCGCACGCUCGGAAUUGGAAGCUUGAUGGGGGAUAUCGUCGAAAGGAUGACGAGCAAGAUCGAAGGUGCAGGGCUCAGUAUCAACGAAAUUGGAGGUGAGAACGGAAGGCUAGGGAAGGGAAGAGGAGGAGAAAUGGGCAUUCGAUUCGCAAUGAGCGGCUGCCAUGAUACCACUUUAGCCGGAGUCCUAACCAGCUUGGGCGCGUUCAAUGGCGAGAAGUGGCCGCCUUACACGAGUCAUAUUGCGUUCGAGCUAUUUCGAGCGCGCAAUGACGCAGAGAGAGAUGACUCGGAGAAAGACGCAGAGUUUCUUACACCGACGACUCCGGUGAGCACUGAACCCAAAGCCAGGGAGACAAAACCGGGUCUCUUUGCUAGUCUGUUGGGCUUGAGAGGUACAGGCGCACAGCCUCCACCAGCAGACGGAUCAAGCAGUCCACUCUCAACACCAAAACUUAGUCGUGGCUCGGGUAUUGCAACAAGCAUCCCGCCCAAGGACCUGGUUGCGAGGUCGCCCUGGAGUGAACUAUCGGAGAAGCAGAAGGAACGGCUUGAUGGAUAUUAUGUGCGUGUCAGAUACAACGACAAGGUGAUGAGGGUGCCAGCAUGCGCGAAAGAGGGCCACAACUACCAGGGUGACGACACUCUGUGUACCUUUGAGGCAUUCAAACGGGUUUGCGACAGCUACACCCCCAAGAACUGGAAGGUCCAAUGCGGGCAGAAUUUGGAUCGGCCGGUCGAUGGGCUUGGAAGCCCGGCUCAAAUGGCUGGACAGAUCGAGAAUGGAUUCUGA